AUGCCUCCCUCUUAUCCUCCAAACUUCCCAGCGACCUCCGCGGCGCACCAACAACCACCACAACUAUCCUCCUCCCGAAGACGACCCCGCGUCGACUCCCACUCGGACCCCGACACCAACGACAACACUACCCGCACCGCCGCCAGCAACAACCUAGGCAAACGCCCCCGAGGCGAAUACACCUUCUCCCCAUCCGCCCAACUCCCCACCCCCCAUCAACAAGACCCAUUCCAGCCCACCAUGUCAGCCAAAGCCCAAGGCAAGCGGCCCGAAGUCAUAGACCUCACACAAAACUCCAGCCCCGGCCGGCCAUUCAACAGCAGUUACGGCGGCGGCGGCGGCGGUCGACCAGGUGGCAUCACAGGCCUACAACCCCAUCUCGGUCCACGAAAAUUAGUAAUCAAGAACCUGCGCCAGACGACAUCGACGCAAAGGGCCGGCGCGGACGAAUACUACACCCGAACUCGAGCUGAUUUGGAUAAUGCCCUGGACGCUAUCUUUGCCGGCCGCCCUACAGGCGAGCCUAUGGAGCUGCUGUACAGAGGGGUGGAGGAUCUAUGUCGGAAGGGCGAGGCGGAGAGCCUGUACAACCGACUGAAGGAUCGAUGUGACCGAUGGCUUACCUCGGAUGAUGGCAUUGGGCAGUUGAGGAAGGAGGUCACUGCCAAUACCACGCAUUUUAAUGUAAUUGAAGUUACGGCGGCGUUGAUGGGGGUGUAUCGGAGGUGGAAUGCCAGGAUGUUGAUUGUGAGGAAGGUGUACUCGUACCUGGACAGGAGUUACCUGCUAUUGCAGUCUACGAUUGGGAAGGAGGACAAGGGGAGGCAGGGGGUGAAUGAUAUGGCGAUUAGUUUGUUCAGGAAAGCCGCGUUUGGGCCGAGGAGUGCGACAAAGGCAUUGCCGCUUGGGGUGAUGGUUCUCAGGGGAAUGAUUACGCUCAUAAUGCAGGAGAGGGAGGACCAGGAGAGGGAGCAGAUCCCGGGCGGGUUGGAUAGGGUGCAACUGCUGAAGGACUCGGUCACGAUGCUGAAGGUGUUUGGGGUCUAUGGCAAGUUCUUCGAGCCCUGGUUUUUGGAGCAUUCAUACGAGUUUUACAAAGAAUUCGCCGAGCAGAAGAGUGAAAGCUGUGGGCUGAGGGAUUACAUCAAGCACAUCGAUGCGCUGCUCAAGAGGGAGGAGCACAUGUGCGACUUUUACGGGUUUGACAGCACGACGAAACGACAGCUGCUGCAGGACGCGCAUGGGGUUCUCAUCACGAAGUAUUCGGAGAAGCUGCUUGACACUGGGAGCGUGGCUAAGCUCCUCGAGGCUGAGGACGUGCCUUCUAUGAAGGCGCUCUAUCAGCUGCUCAAGCUGUCCGGCUUGCAGAAUAAGCUCAAAGAGCCGUGGGACAGCUACAUCAGAAAGACUGGCUCAGCGAUUGUCAGUGACACGGCGAGGGGCGACGAGAUGGUCAUUCGCCUUUUGGAACUGCGGCGGUCGCUGUACGUCAUGAUCCGGGAUGCUUUCGACCAGGACGAAGUUUACAGUUACGGCCUCCGAGAAUCCUUUGGCGGCUUCAUGAACGACUCCAAGAGUACUUCGGCUUGGGGGACAGGUACUUCCAAGGUUGGCGAGAUGAUCGCCAAGUACAUCGACAUGUUGCUGCGUGGUGGCCUCAAGACUCUUCCCAAGUCCUUGCUGUCAGACAACAAGGACAAGGCCAUCGCUGAAAGAAGCGGCCUCGCCGCCGCAGGCGACGAAGACUCUGAACUGGACACACAGUUGGGUCAUGCUCUCGAGCUGUUCAAGUUCAUCGACGGCAAGGACACGUUUGAAGCCUUCUACAAGAAAGACCUGGGCCGCCGGUUACUCCUGGGUCGCAGCGCCAGCCAAGAUGCGGAACGGAGCAUGAUCACCAAACUUAAAGGCGAGUGCGGUGCUAACUUUACGCACAACCUCGAGCAAAUGUUCAAGGACCAGGAGCUUUCCAGGGACGAGAUGACGUCCUACAAGACCUGGCUGGCGGGCACAGGCAAAGCCACAAAGGGUGGUGUUGACCUCACUGUCAAGGUCUUGUCUCACUCUGCCUGGCCGACGUACAACGACGUCAAAGUCACGCUGCCCAAGGAGGUGUUGGAGCAAACCACCAGUUUUGAAACGUACUACCAAGCAAAGCACACUGGGCGUAAACUCACCUGGAAGCACAACAUGUCCCACUGCAUCAUCAAAGCCCGCUUCGAUCGCGGGCCAAAGGAGCUUUCGCUUUCUGCCCAGCAAGGUUCGGUCCUGAUGCUCUUCAACGACGUCCCCGACGACACCCCCUUGUCAUACAGCCAAAUCUCCCAAUCGACCUCUCUGACGGGCGCUGAACUCGACCGAACCCUCCAGUCCCUCGCCUGUGGCAAGUCGAGGGUCUUGUCCAAGGCUCCCAAGGGGAGGGAUGUUUCCCCUACUGAUACCUUCACCGUCAACAGGGCGUUUGCCGAUCCCAAGUUCAGGGUCAAGAUCAAUCAGAUUCAGCUCAAGGAGACAAGGGAGGAGAAUAAGGAGACGCAUGAGAAGGUGGCGAGGGACAGGCAGCUGGAGACGCAGGCGGCGAUUGUGAGGAUCAUGAAGAGCAGGAAGACGAUGGGGCAUGCGCAGCUUGUGGCCGAGGUUAUCAACCAGACCAAGGCCAGGGGGGCGGUGGACCCGGGGGAGAUUAAGGCGAAUAUUGAGAAGUUGAUUGAUAAGGAUUAUAUUGAGAGGGAGGAGGGGAAUUAUGUGUAUUUGGCGUAA